UAAUACCGAGAAUCGAAGUGGGCACUGUCCCAGUCUCGAGCGUGGCCGGAAGAGGAGAGCGUCAAUGGCGUCGUCGAGCAGCGGGCUUACGUUCAAGCUCCACCCUCUGGUGAUCGUCAACAUAUCGGACCACUACACCCGCGUCAAGUCCCAGCUCCACCCGCCCAUCUCCGCACACGGCGGCUCAUCGUCCGCAAACGGUGCUGAUGCCGCCUCCGCGGCGUCGUCGGCGGAGCCUCCACCUAGGGUUUACGGUUGCGUGAUCGGCGUCCAGAAGGGCCGCACCGUGGAGAUCUUCAACAGCUUCGAGCUCCUCUACGACCCCGUCACUCACACCCUCGACCGUGCCUUCCUCGAAAAGAAGCAGGAGCUCUAUAGGAAGGUCUUCCCGAACUUCUAUGUGCUCGGAUGGUAUUCGACCGGAAGCGAUGCAGAGGAGUCGGAUAUGCACAUUCACAAGGCUUUGAUGGACAUCAACGAAAGCCCUGUUUAUGUCCUUCUCAAUCCUCUUAUCAACCCCGCUCAAAAAGAUCUCCCGAUUACAAUCUUUGAAAGCGAGCUCCAUGUCAUAGAUGGGAUUCCACAGCUUAUUUUUGUUCGUGCUAGCUACACUAUUGAGACAGUAGAAGCAGAACGAAUAUCAGUUGACCAUGUUGCUCAUCUGAAGCCAUCUGAUGGCGGUAGUGCAGCAACACAAUUGGCUGCUCAUCUCACAGGCAUGCACAGUGCCAUCAAGAUGCUAAAUAGCAGAGUUAGAGUGCUUCAUCACUAUCUUCUUGCUAUGCAGAAAGGUGAGAUUCCAUGUGAGAAUUCGCUGCUGAGACAAGUAUCAAGUCUACUAAGAAGGUUGCCAGUGAUUGAAUCAGGAAAGUUUCAAGACGAUUUUUUGAUGGAAUACAAUGACACAUUGUUGAUAACUUACUUGGCUAUGUUCACCAACUGCUCAAGCACAAUGAACGACCUAGUAGACAAAUUCAACACAGCCUACGACAGGGUCAGUAGACGUGGAGGAAGGACAGCUUUCAUAUGAGAGAUUGAUUAUGUCUAUCAUGGUCACCUUGCACCGCAAUCCCUCUUAAGUGCUGCCCUCAGGUUUUAUCGCAUUGCAAAUGGAAGUAUAGAAACUUUUUUUAUUUUUUUUGGAGAAACACAGGUUAUCAAUAUUGUUGAGUGAAAAUGAUAUGAUUGUGAGAAAUUUGGGAUUAUGCGGCAGUCUGGAUGGGAAAGUCGUGGGAGGACGGCUUCGUUUGGUUUUUGAAUCAAAAUUUUAGUUAACUCAA